AUGGCUCCAAUAUUGGCACCAACUCUCUUACUAGUCUUCUCCAUCUUCAUCACUUUCUCACCAGCCUCAUGCCUCACUCACCAUCAUCCCCUAGACUCCCUAACACCAUCCGAGUUCACCCAUGUCAAAACCAUAGUUGAAAAAUCAUACCCUGUCCAAACCCUAAGCUUCCAAUACGUAGGCCUAGAUGAACCAGAAAAGUCCACCCUCCUCUCAUGGCAAUCAAAACCCACCACCACAAAAUUCCCUCCUCCUCGCCGCGCCUUGGUUGUUAUACGACUCAACAAGCAAACCCUCGAGCUCAUAGUCGAUAUCUCAGCCCGUUCCGUAGUCUCCACCAUUAAAGUUGACAACCAACAUGGCUACCCUUUGCUAAACGAUGAAGAACAAUCAGCUGCAAGUGAGCUCCCAUUCAAAUAUGGACCAUUUAUCCAGUCCAUUAAAAAGAGAGCACUCAAUAUAUCCGAAGUUGUGUGCACCACUUUUUCAGUGGGGUGGUUUGGAGAGGCGAAGACUAAAAGAACAACGAAAUUAAAUUGUUUUUACAAAGAGGGGAGCGUGAACUUGUAUGUGAGGCCAGUGGAGGGAAUAACAGUGGUGGUUGAUCUGGAAGAGCAGAAAAUAGUUGAAUAUAAGGAUAGGUUUGUUGUUCCAGUGCCAAAAGCUGAGGGAACUGAGUACCAAGCGGCCAAUCAGAAGCCUCCUUUUGGUCCAAAGCUAAAUGGUGCUCCAGUUGUGUCUGCGGAAAAAGGGUUCAAGCUCGACGGAAACACUGUCAGAUGGGCGAACUGGGCCUUCCAUCUCGGAUUUGAUGUUCGAACCGGUGUAAUUAUAUCUCAGGCAUCAAUAUAUGAUCUAGAAAAGCACAAAUAUAGGAGGGUCUUGUACAGAGGCUUUGUGUCAGAGCUGUUCGUGCCAUACAUGGACCCAACAGAGGAAUGGUACUACAAAACCUUCUUUGAUUGUGGAGAAUUUGGGUUUGGCCUCUCCACUGUGCCACUUCAGCCCUUGACUGAUUGCCCAGCCAAUGCCCAAUUCAUGGAUGCCUACUAUGCCGGCCAAGAUGGCACACCUGUCAAGAUAUCAAAUGCUUAUUGUAUCUUUGAAAGACAUGCAGGUAACAUCCUGUGGCGCCACACAGAAGUUACCAUCCCAGAUAUAGAGAUAACAGAGGUCAGGGCAGAGGUGACUCUGGUAGUGAGAAUGGUCUCAACUAUAGGCAACUAUGACUACAUAAUUGAUUGGGAAUUCAAGCCAAGUGGCUCCAUUAAAAUGGAGGUUGGGCUAACAGGUGUGCUAGAAAUUGGAGCGGUCACAUACACCCACAAUGACCAAAUACAUGAGGAAGUUUAUGGUACAUUAGUGGCAGAUAAUAGCAUUGCCGUGAACCAUGAUCACUUCUUGACUUACCAUCUUGACCUUGAUGUGGAUGGUGAAGCCAACUCCUUCGUCAAGAACAAGUUUGUGACAAAACGUGUGACAGACAAGAGCAUACCAAGGAAGAGUUACUGGAAUAUUGUAAGUGAGACAGCCAAAACUGAAGCAGAUGCAAGACUUCACCUGGGUUUGACGCCAGCAGACCUGGUUGUAGUAAACCCUAACAAGAAAACCAAACCCGGGAACCCAUUUGGCUAUCGCUUGGUUCCCGGGUCAGUUGCAGGACCCCUUUUGGUAGAGGAUGACUACCCACAAAUUCGCGGUGCCUUCACCAAGUACAAUGUGUGGAUCACACCAUACAACAAGUCCGAAAAAUGGGCAGGAGGAAAGUAUGUUGAUCAAAGCAGAGGAGGUGACACUUUAGAUGUGUGGAGCCAAAGGAAUAGGCAGAUUGAGAACAAAGACAUAGUGUUGUGGUACACCAUUGGGUUUCACCACAAUCCUUGCCAAGAGGACUUUCCAAUGAUGCCAACAUUGAGUGGUGGAUUUGAGCUCCGUCCAACCAAUUUCUUUGAGAGCAGUCCAGUGCUUAAAGUUAGAACAAUACCUCAUAAGCAUGUGAACUGGCCUAAUUGCACCACCAAAAACUAG